AUGGCCUCGUCCGACUUUUUCUGCGAACCGUUCACUGUGAACAGCAAGAACGUGGUGUACACUGACAAUGAAAUCACGUCACACUACACGUACACUACUACACGCGUGGAAGGCACUGUUGCUACGCCUUUGGAGGAAAAAUACACGUUCAAAACGCAGCGUAAAGUACCUAAAGUCGGUGUGAUGAUUGUCGGUCUUGGAGGCAACAACGGAUCGACGUUGGUGGCUAGCAUUAUUGCUAACAAACACCACAUCACGUGGACUACGAAAGAGGGCGUACAGGAACCCAAUUACUUUGGGUCUGUUACCCAGGCUUCUACUGUUCGUCUCGGUACGAAUGCUAACGGUGAGGGCGUGUACAUUCCGUUCCGCAACUUACUGCCCAUGGUGUCGCCAAAUGAUUUGGUCAUUGGUGGAUGGGACAUCUCGUCUCUUAAUUUAGCUGAGGCCAUGAAACGUGCUCGAGUGCUGGACCACGACUUACAGCGUCAGCUCGUGCCGUACCUGGAGAAGAUCAAGCCAUUACCUUCUAUCUACUAUCCGGACUUCAUUGCUGCCAAUCAAGCUGACCGUGCUGAUAACGUGCUCAAGGGUUCUAAGCAGGAAAACCUUGAUGCCGUACGUAAGCAGAUCCGUGAUUUUAAGCAAAGCAACAACCUUGACAAGGUUAUUGUGCUGUGGUCUGCGAACACGGAGCGAUUUUCCGACAUUGUAGAAGGCGUGAACGAUACGUCGGCUAAUCUGCUCGAGUCCAUUAAAGCCGGUGAAGAGGAGGUGUCACCUUCUACUAUCUUUGCUGUGGCCUCGAUCCUUGAAGGAUGCUCGUACAUCAACGGCAGUCCGCAAAACACGUUUGUGCCCGGUGUGCUCGACUUGGCCGAGGAGAAGAAAGUGUUCGUAGGUGGCGAUGACUUUAAGUCGGGUCAGACCAAGAUGAAGUCUGUGCUUGUGGACUUUCUUGUGUCAGCCGGCAUUAAGCCCACGUCCAUCGUAAGCUACAACCACCUGGGAAACAACGAUGGCAAGAACCUUUCGGCACCGCAGCAGUUCCGCUCGAAGGAGAUUUCAAAGUCAAAUGUUGUUGACGACAUGGUGGCAUCCAACCGGCUACUGUACAAGGAGAACGAGCACCCGGACCACGUCGUUGUGAUUAAGUAUGUGCCGUUCGUGGGUGACAGCAAGCGUGCUUUGGAUGAGUACACGUCCAAGAUCUUUAUGAAUGGUAACAACACUAUCUCAAUGCACAACACGUGCGAGGAUUCGCUGCUUGCUUCACCGCUGAUUCUGGACCUGGUCCUCGUGUGUGAGCUUGCUGAGCGUAUAACGCUCAAGAAAGAAGGCGCCUCGGACUUUGAGCACUUGCACUCGGUCUUAUCAAUCCUCAGUUAUAUGCUCAAGGCACCGCUUGUCCCGCGUGGUACUCCGGUAGUAAAUGCGCUCUUUGCGCAGCGCGAGUGCAUGAUUAACAUUUUCCGCGCGUGCGUCGGUCUUGCUCCUGAAAGUCACAUGCUUUUGGAAAACAAACUGGCCAGUGAGAUUAUUGCACGCCAGUAA